CUCUAAGCUAUUUUUCACGAGUGAAAACCUAUCUGUUUUUCAGUUGUGUUCCUGCAUGUGAGCAACACGGACAACUGACCACUAAUGAUGAGAGCCGUUUUUGUUUUUCUUGCUGUUUUCCUGACGUUCUUCCUUCAACCAAAUGCAGAACAACCCAACUUGGCCAGUGAAGUAGAGGUUUUGAAAAACAAUAUCACCACAUUAUGGAAAGCAUUGAUACAAUUUCGUCAGGUGGUGGCAGAAAACAUGGAACACAUUCACGCCCAUCAGCGAGAAAUGCACGGGACUUUGCAUAAAAUGUUGUAUGAUCACAAACGUCUGAGUAUGAAGCACGGUGGAAUGUCCCUCGCUUAUCAUUCCGAACAUUCCCACCAAGACCACCCCGAUGACAACGACGAUCACAGAGAAGACAACGUGACACACAGUCAUCAUCAUCAUCAUCAUCAUGAGAAAGAGGGUCACUUUGAACUUGAUGAUCAUCCCAAACUGACGUUUUUACAUGGCCAUGGUGCUCUGGGUGGACACAAGAGAAAACAUGCUAAUCGACAACGAAUCUGUAAGUCUCUUGUAUCAGAAUUAUUACAAAUGAAAAAAGAAAUCUGAUAUAAGCUAUAAAUG